GCUCAAUCUACUAAUAAUAAUUAAAAAGAAAGAAGAUAAAACUAAUAAUGGGAUUAAAACAUUUUGAUUUUGUCUCCACCUGAAAAAGCGGCAAGUCUCACCACAAAGUUCGUUUUUACUUUCUCGGAUCAUCACAUUUUCCUCUUGUUCCCUUUUCCUUUCUUCGCAUCAAAGAGAAUUGUAGAAGGAUGCACGCAGCAUUGCACCUUGUUCUUGACAAAAUUCUGUAAAAAAAAGGUUUGAGUUUGUUUUUGAAGCUAAGAAGAGUUUAAGCUUUUAAAAAGAAGAAAAACUAGAAUGGCGACGUUUUCAAUGAGAGAUUUAGAUGAGGCUCUCCAAGGAUGUGGCCAGAAAUCAGGGAUUGAAAUAUGGCGCAUCGAGAACUUCAAACCUGUCGCUGUUCCAAAUGAGUCACAUGGCAAAUUUUUCUCUGGGGAUUCCUAUUUAGUCUUAAAGACCACAGCGUCAAAAAGUGGUUCCCUGCAUCAUGAUAUUCACUACUGGCUCGGUAAAGAUUCCAGUCAGGAUGAACAUGGUUCUGUAGCCGUUAUGACAGUUGAAUUAGAUUCAGCCUUAGGUGGGCGUGCUGUUCAGUACCGAGAAGUACAGGGUCACGAGACUGAGAAGUUCCUUUCCUACUUCAAACCUUGCAUAAUACCUCAGGAAGGUGGAGUUGCUUCCGGGUUCAACCACGUGAAGCCUGAGGAGCAUCAGACGCGUUUGUAUAUCUGCAAAGGCAAACAUGUCGUCCGUGUGAAAGAGGUUCCGUUUGUUCGUUCGACUCUCAACCAUGACGACGUUUUCAUUCUUGAUACAGAGUCCAAAAUUUUUCAAUUCAGUGGUUCUAAUUCUAGUAUUCAAGAAAGAGCAAAAGCUCUUGAGGUUGUUCAGUACAUUAAAGACACGUACCAUGAUGGAAAGUGCGAGAUCGCAGCUGUGGAUGAUGGGAGGAUGAUGGCUGAUGCUGAAGCUGGAGAGUUUUGGGAAUUGUUUGGCGGGUUUGCUCCACUUCCUAAGAAAUCAGCAGUGAGUGAUGACCAAACCGCUGAGUCUGACGGGAUCAAACUCUUCAGUGUGGAGAAGGGACAGACAGAAGCCGUAGAGUCUGAGACUUUGGAGAAAGAGCUUUUAGACACUAACAAAUGUUAUAUUCUCGAUUGCGGUCUCGAAGUGUUCGUUUGGAAGGGACGAAAUACUUCAAUUGAUCAAAGAAAGAACGCGUGUGAAGCUGCAGAAGAAUUUUUCCGUUCGUCUGAACGUCCAAAAUCAAACCUAAUCAGUGUGAUGGAAGGGUUUGAAACAGUGAUGUUCCGAUCUAAGUUUGAUUCAUGGCCGGCUACAAGUACAGUUGCGGAGCCCCGGCAAGGCAGAGGAAAAGUUGCAGCUCUUUUGCAAAAGCAAGGAGUUAACGUUGAAGGUCUGGUUAAGACUUCUUCACCUUCUUCUAAAGACGAACCCAAGCCAUACAUUGAUGGCACAGGAAAUCUCCAGGUCUGGCGAAUCAAUAACGAGGAAAAGAUCCUUCUCGAAGGAGCAGAACAAUCAAAGUUUUAUAGCGGAGAUUGUUAUAUAUUGCAGUACUCAUAUCCCGGAGAUGACAGAGAGGAAUAUCUAGUGGGCACUUGGUUAGGAAAACAAAGCGUCGAGGAAGACAGAGCAUCUGCUAUUUCCAUGGCAAGCAAGAUGGUUGAAUCCAUGAAGUUUAUGCCGGCUCAGGCUCGCAUUUACGAGGGAAAAGAACCAAUUCAGUUUUUCGUGAUCAUGCAAAGCUUCAUCACAUUUAAGGGUGGUCUAAGUGAUGCGUUCAAGAAGUACAUAGCAGAGAACGAAGUCCCUGAUAAUACUUAUGAUGCAGAAGGUGUUGCGCUGUUUAGGGUCCAAGGUUCUGGACCAGAGGACAUGCAAGCCAUACAGAUAGAUGCGGUUUCCACGGGGUUAAAUUCUUCGCACUGUUAUAUAUUACAUGGUGAUUCUACUGUUUUCACUUGGUGUGGCAAUCUAACUACCUCGGAUGAUCAAGAACUUAUGGAGAGAAUGUUGGAUCUGAUUAAGCCAGAUGAACACACCAAGGCACAAAAGGAAGGUAUAGAGUCUGAACAGUUCUGGGAAUUAUUAGGAGGAAAAUCAGAAUAUCCGAGCCAGAAGAUCAAGAAGGAUGGAGAGAGUGAUCCUCAUCUCUUCUCUUGCACCUUCUCAAACGAAACUCUAAAGGUUACAGAGAUCUUCAAUUUCACUCAAGAUGAUCUGAUGACUGAAGAUAUCUUCAUUCUUGAUUGUCACACUGAAGUCUAUGUCUGGGUCGGGCAACAAGUUGACCCCAAGAAGAAACCGCAAGUGUUAGACAUUGGAGAGAAAUUCAUUAAGCACGAUUUCCUCCUAGAGAAUCUAGCAAGCGAAACACCGAUAUACAUUGUAACGGAAGGAAACGAACCUCCAUUUUUCACUCGGUUCUUCACCUGGGACUCUACUAAAUCUGCAAUGCAUGGAGACUCUUUCCAGAGAAAGCUCGCAGUCCUAACAAACAAAAAGCAGCUUUUAAAUAAACCUAAAAGGAGAGUACCAGUGUACAGCGGCCGGUCCAGCGUUCCAGACAAACCGCAGCCCAGGUCAAGAAGUGUGACCUCUACUACAGACAGAUCACGUGUGAGGGGACGGUCUCCAGCUUUCAACGCACUUGCUGCGAACUUUGGGAACGUAAGCACACGAAACCUAUCAACUCCACCUCCUAUGGUUGGCCCAAUGGUCCGAAAGCUUUACCCCAAGUCUCAUGCACCAGACCUCACAAAACUCGCACCCAAAUCCGCAGCUAUUGCUGCCCGCACAGCGAUUUUCGAGAAACCCAAGCCUACUCCUCAAGAAACACCAACUAGCCCCGGUUCAUCUGAAGCUACAAACGGAGCAGAGACGGCAGAGGAUGAAUCAAUGAGCAACAUUAAAGAAGAAGAAGCAGAAGAGGAAAGCAACCUCCCUACAUUCCCAUACGAACGCCUCACAACCGAAUCAGAGGAUCCUGUUCCAGAUAUCGACCUCACUAGAAGAGAGGCAUACUUGACUUCAGCAGACUUCAAGGAGAAAUUUGAGAUGACAAAGAGUGAGUUCUAUAAACUACCAAAGUGGAAACAAAACAAGCUCAAAACGGCUGUUCAAUUAUUCUGAACACACUUCUUCCCUCAUGAACUCAAGUCUUCUUCUUCUUCAUCAUCAACUUAACCCCAAAACCCGGGAGGGCAUCAUACAUAUUUCAGUUUUGAGCUGCUUUCAAAUAAUCAAAUAUAUACAUUCUCUAUAUAUUUUUAUAUAUACAUAAUUCAAUUUUUUUUCUAAAAUGAUACUUAGGAUUACAUUUUUGUAUUUGUUUGUUUUAUGAUCUAUCAGAUUAUCAGUGUGGCUAUGGUCUGUUUUUUUUUUCC